UUCGGCGGUUGCACCUGAAAGCGUUUUCAUUCGGAAACCUCAAUCAGUACGGAUAAACAAUACAACGAGCGGGUUAAAAAUAUUAACGAUAGGCAUUAUAAUGCCAGCAAGGUGGCCGAUAUCAGGAAAGUCACAAUCUUGACAGAUAUGAAAUCGAGGCAAUAAUAAAUACUUUAAGGCGAAAAAUAAAUUUGUUUGUAUAUUUUCACACUUCAAGUCGUAAGUGUUUGCAGAUAUCGCACGCGCAUCGAAAAUACACACUUGUAAUAUUCAAAAAAGUUAAGAAGCAAAACGAUUUUUCGAAAAUAAAAAAGUUACUAAUUCGAACAUAAUUUCCCGCCAACGAAAAUGGAUAUAUUUCUGGCUUAUAUCUUCACAUUUUUUCUCAUUUUCAUCGUAAUGCCAAUUACAUACUUCAUACUACGGUUCGUGCUGUGGUUUGUGUUGGAUUAUUGCGGCUGCAACAAGUCGUAUAGUGAAAAUCGACAUGAUCGACAAGGUCGGCGGUUAACAAUCGGGCAUAUAUAUGAUCGCCAAGGCAACAUUUUCACAAUCGCAAAUGAGAGCGCCAACAACCCGUUACCGCAUCGUUUUUCAGAUUUCUUCUAUGUUGAACCGAGCGCCGAAGAUGCAGCCCGCAUUCGCGCACAACUGGAGAAGGAUGAAAAGGAUUUACCCACCUACGAAGAGGUGAUGGCUAUGAGUGCCGCUCAGACGGCGGCCGGCACUUUAUCGCCACCGCCUACAACCUCGACAACCUCCGUUGCCACAACGGAUACGACAGUGCCGCCAUACUCAGAAGUCGAUCGGAACGGGACUCGGGCAGCUCCACUAAACUUGGAAAUGGGUGCAACUGCGAGACCAACAGGAAACGUAACAGCACCGGCUGCGGAAGCAGGAGCAGCGUCAACAUCCCGUGCUGCCGCCGCCGCCGCCACAAGUACAGCGACUACAGCAACUGUCGUCACCAUUGCCAAUUCGGUGUCAAAUACGAGCGUGUGAUCCACCCACUUGCAUUCAACAGUCAGUAGUAUCUGUCUGCAUAAGGAUGGCGUGGUGUACGAGCAAUAUAGUGCCUUCUGAACUUACAAAUCCAACCUGCUAAGCAUUACAUAAACAUAUAUAAAUAUUUGUAGGCUUGGCUGGAUAGUCAAUAUUGCCAUGUGCUAGUGAUUUCAUUAAGAGUACGCAUUUAAAUGUCCUUUCAUAUGUAUAUAGACACAUUCCGAUAUUUUAGAGACUGUUAUGUUUUUACCAGUGCAUCCACAGGAAUGUCCUGUACCUAUUUAUAUAGUUUCUAUUUUGUGUAAAUUUACCCUUUAUUUUAUAAGAAAACUUAUUAAAAAAGUGUGAGUAAUUAAAAUAGCUUUACAACAGGCGCCGUAAUUUAUAGAGAGCCGGUUAUUUAUAGAGAGUACAAAUACGGGUACUCUUCCACAUUUAAAUCGAGCACAGGUGAUCUUUUAUUGUAAAUGAACGAGUAUUCAUAAUGAUAGAUAAUAUAAAAUUGUAGCAUAAGUUGUUGUAAAUCGAAAGCUUUAAAAAUAUAUACCUUUAUAAAAAAACUGAAA